UGAUUAAUAAUCAAUUUCUUCAAUUUUUCUAGGCAUAAACGGAAUCAUAGUACCUGAUGAAAUACCAACAGCCUUAUCUGUAAUUUAUUCGAAUAUACCGAAGAUAAAAAUUGGUACGGAUUCUAGAAUAGGCUGGGGAUUUCGUUUCGGCGAUAGGGCUGACGCUCAAAUUCUCCUAGAGCUGGGACCCCAACAGGAAACCCAAAGAUUAGCGAACCAACAGCCAUUCGAUAAUCCAAACUACCCCGAGUUGAGCUCUAGUUUAGACGAAGAUUACGACAUUGCAUCAGAUGAACCAGAAGAGGAGGAUAAAUCGCCUAAGGAAGAAACAAUGGAAGAAAGAGAAGAGGCACGAGAGGAAGAGAAAAUCGAAGUUGAACAUAAGAAACAGACUGAAGCAGCAGUCAUAACAGUGGAGAUACAAGCUAUGACAAAUUUACUCUCGAAAGUGAAAGAUACAGUCAAUAGUAUUGAAGGCGAGAAUCACAGCAAAACUGCAGAAAAAGAAUAUCAAAUAAUAAACAACUUAGUGCGUACAUUACAAGACAAAAUAAGUGAAGAGAAGCAGAAGUUGAAAAAUCUUGAAGAAGAAGACGCAUCAUUACCAUCAACCCUUCAAGAAAAACUCAAUCCAAUUCUAAAGGAAAAUGAAUUGAAAGAAACAAUAUCCAAGUUGAAAAAAUACAUUGAUAGAACUUCCAUAAAUGUGGAAAACGAAACAGAUUUUUUGACCACUGUUGAAAUAGAUACACUCAAGAAAUUACUCCAGCGCUUAAGCACCAUGCAAAAUACAGAUCAUAUAAAGCAACAAGAAGUUCUUGAACAUGAGAACGAAAGAAAUGAAACAGAUGAAGAGAAUGACUUUUCUUUAGUCUCAAAAGUAAAAACAGAAAUGAAAGGAAACUCAGAACAAAUAGAUUUCAAUUUAACUGAACCAUCUUCGACAAGAUUUAUAGGCUCAACACACUCAACCAGUGAUGAAAAUUUUGAUGAACUGCUUAUGCGAAAUAGCUCAACAUCAAACAAAGACUAUAGUCCGAAAACUAAACUCGAAAUUAAUAAUACCGAAAAAAUAAUAGUAGUAGAAUAUCCACGAGAGAGCAAUAUAACUGAACAACAAUUACAGAAGAAAAAAGAUAAUGAAACUUCAAACAUACCUGAUAACCUUGGAAAUGGUAUGAAAAGCAGCGGUAUUAAAUCCGAGCAAUUCAAUGAUAAUUCAACCAAAAUUUUCAGAGAUGGAAGCAAAACGGAGGAAUACACUGGAGAAAAUAAAGAACCCAGAACUACUGAUGAUCAACUUCUUCCAGCUGGAGAUAAAAAUUCUUCAAUGAAUAUUACAACAAACGAUGAAGAUAAUUCUGGAAGAAAAACGUCUGAAACUAAUGAUAAUUUUAACAAUACAGAAAAUGAAAUGCUUCGAAAUUUGGGUACUUCUCAGUUACCUAAGAGUAGGAAAGAUCACAACAAAACAGAAAUAAUUAAAUUAGAAAAAAUUCGAGAUGAAAGAAAAAAUUCAGAUAAUUUUAAUGACACUAUAAAACAGGAAGAAACAUAUAUGGAUAUUCAACAAGGGAAGAAUGUAGAAUUUAUAGAAAAACAACAUAAAAAUUCGAAGAAUUCACUUGAAAUAACUAACCUGAGUGAUAUUCAGAAUGUAAAAAAAUCGGAAAAGAAGAAUGAAAUAAUCUCUAGUCCCGAUGAGAAUAAUUUAAAUUCAAUUAAAGAUGAAAAUGAGAUCGAUUCAUUAGAAAAAGUUAAAAUGAUAGAAAUAUUGAACAUAACACUCAUCAAUCAAUUGAAACAUUUGACUGCAAAAUUAGAUAAUAAAAAGCAGAAAUCAAUCGAGAAGAUAUUGAAAGUUUUGGAGGAGGAAAAAGCAAGCAUUUUGAUUGGAAAGAAAGAAUCAAAUAAUGAGACGCAUGUCAUAACUAACAAAAACGGAAUUAUAACUGAAGGUCCUUAUAAAGGUGUGAGAAUUGAAGCAUAUAAAAAACUUUCAGCAUUAUGGCUUCAAUUCAACUUCACUUCGUCAAAGUCAAAUGAUUUAAUGAAUGAGACUGAGUGGAAACCAAAAACUAAUACCAAUUCAAGGAUUUCAAAUGAGUCUGAAGUGACUGAUGAUAAAACUGAUAAGAGCAACAAUAAUUCUGAAUAUCGAAUUGUGACAAAAAUUUCACCAAAGAAAUAUAUAGAAGGAAAUGAAAAAAUUUUUGCUGAAAAUUCUUCAAAAGUUGUUGCAAAAAUAAGUGAAGGAUUGAAUAUAACAAAUUCUCCAAUAGUUGAAUCAGAAAAAUACACGAUAGAUACUGAGAAUUAUAGAAAAGUCUCGAAAGGAAUGGAAAAUAAAUUGAUCGAAAGAACUGCUUAUGAAAUGAAAAAUAUAAACUCAAAAAAUAAUUCCAUUAUUACGAAUAACAAAAGAGAAAACAAUUUAGAAAGGAAUUCAAGGAAACCUGAAAACAUUAAUUUUGAUUCAAUAGCUAAAGUCGACCAAGAAUAUAAAAUGACAAUGAUAGCUAUGAAUAAUGCUCAAAGAUUAAACAAUGUUACCGCGAAAAGUAUCUCAGGAUAUAUGAGCAAACCAGCCAUGAGUACAUCAAAAAUAAUGACGUUAACGAAAAAAAAUGAAAAAGUGUUGAAUCAAACGGAACAAAUGCAUUUGAAGCAGAACAAAAUUAAUACGGGUUUGUCAAAUGAAGCGAUAGAUGAAGAAUAUAGAAAAACAAUGAUGGCUAUGAGGAAAGCACAUUUGCAGAAUCAUAUUAUCGCAAGCAGUAAACAUUCAGUGAGACCUACAAACAAAUUUAACAAAGUGUUGCAAAACAAUGGCGUACUCCAGAGUAAAAGCAAGAUGAUGAGUAAAAAUCCAAUUCUUUAUCCAAAGUAUAUUUCAACCCGCCAUGAAAGGAAUAACUUGGGGAAGAAAAGUACAGGUGCAGCACUGAAAUUGCUUGGAGUCAAAAUGAUGGGUUACUUUUCGAAUAUUCUUCAGAAUACGAAAAAAAUGAUCACAGCGAGUAAUAAGACCAAAAACUGACAGAGAAAAGAGGGUACAGUGUAAAAUCCAA